GAUUGUCAAAGUGCCAUGAGACUGUCCGUAUUUCUUCUGCUUCUCCAACUGUGGGGAAACGUGGAAGUCUCUUUAUCACAGAUUGCAUGUCCAACUCUCCCGGAUGUUCCUCAUGCCCACGUUUCAGAGGACACCAAAAGAGCAGAGUACCAAGGCGGACAUAUGAUACAUUUCACUUGUGAACCUGGUUACACCACAUCAGGAACGACCAUCAGAUAUGUAUGCUCGAGCGAGGGCUGGCUGGCAAUCGAACAGGGAACGUGCAGCCGCAAGUCACUGGCAUGUCCAACCCUCCCGGAUGUUCCUCAUGCCCACGUUUCAGAGGAGACCAAAAGAGCAGAGUACCAAGGCGGACAUAUGAUACAUUUCACUUGUGAACCUGGUUCCAAAAUAUCAGGAACAACCAUCAGAUAUGUAUGCUCGAGCGAGGGCUGGCUGGCAAUCGGACAGGGAACGUGCAGCCCAUGUCCAACCCUCCCGGAUGUUCCUCAUGCCCACGUUUCAGAGGACACCAAAAGAGCAGAGUACCAAGGCGGACAUAUGAUACAUUUCACUUGUGAACCUGGUUCCAAAAUAUCAGGAACAAGCAUCAGAUAUGUAUGCUCGAGCGAGGGCUGGCUGUCAAUCGGACAGGGAACGUGCAGCCCAUGUCCAACCCUCCCGGAUGUUCCUCAUGCCCACGUUUCAGAGGAAACCAAAAGAGCAGAGUACCAAGGCGGACAUGUGAUACAUUUCACUUGUGAACCUGGUUACAAAAAAUCAGGUCCAAACAUCAAAUACGUAUGCACAAGCGAGGGCUGGCUGGCAGUCGAACAGGGAACGUGCAGCCAGAUCACUUGUCAAGUUGGUGCGAUGCCUCCUCAUGUCAGCGCAGUUGGUCUUCCACCAGGGACUAUUACAAUCAAGGCUGGACGUAAAUUACAGUUUCAAUGUGACAAUGCAAGUCCACUAGACGGGCCGCAGGAAAUUGAAUGUUUGCUAACUGGGGAGUGGAAUGCCAACUUUCCAACUUGCGAUGACAAAUGCACAGUGAAAGAUGUGCCAAACACCGUACGCAUGACUCCAAGGACUUUACCAAACAAUCAACUGAGAAAAGGACAGCAGUUGCGUUUUGCUUGCACCAAUCGUAGAGACACCCUUCUAGGGAAUGCAGAGGUUGAAUGUCUAGCAAACGGAGAGUGGAGUCAUGACUUCCCAACAUGUGGAGAUCCUUUGACUUGUGGAACACCACCAAUCCUUAUAGAUGGAGACAUCACGACCAGUAGUAAAACCGAAUACAGCCAUGGAGAGAGGGUUGAAUACAGCUGUCAGAAUUAUUACACUAUGGCAGGUGGGCCUUACAAAACCUGCAACAAUGGUGAAUGGACUGGAUCUAUCACCUGCCUCAAACCCUGCACUGUCAAUAAACACAUCAUGGCGAGCCACAAUAUUAGAUUCAGAUAUUCACAUUUCCAGAGGCUGUAUGUAUCCCAUAAUGAUGUCAUUGAGUUCAGUUGUACCAGAGGAAGACCUGUCAGCACAGUGGAGAUGCGUCAGACGUGUCUUAAUGGUCAGUUGGACUUACCUAUUUGCUUUUAAUCAACUGACUUUGAUAAACAUGAGCUGGCUGGACAAACAUGUAAACGAUUAACCAGAGUAAACACUGAGACCAGUUAUGUCCUGAUCCAGUGUCUAUACUUCUCUGUUGUGUGUGGUCAUAUAAAUAAAACAUACAA